AUGGGAAAGAAAAGAAAGUUAGUUUCUAACAAAGACGAUUUUGAGUAUGACCCUGUACCUAAACAUUUAGUUACAUCUCAUAUAAAAAAACAAGAAAAACGUUUAAUUGUAAUAUUGGAAAAUGCACAGUUAGAAACUGUGAAGAAUGGUAAUAGUUUUGAACUUUUAAACUGUGAUGAUCACGCAGGUAUUUUGCGUAGAAAUGAUAGGGAGCCAGGAUCCUGUCGUCCAGACAUCACUCAUCAGUCUUUACUUAUGUUAAUGGAUUCACCUUUAAAUAGAGCUGGACUUUUGCAAGUUUAUAUCCAUACAGAAAAAAAUGUUCUUAUUGAAAUAAAUCCACAAACAAGAAUACCAAGAACUUUUAAAAGAUUUGCUGGAUUAAUGGUGCAACUUCUACAUAAAUUUGCUAUCAGAGCUUCAGACGGUCCUAUGAAGUUGUUAAAAGUUAUAAAGAAUCCGGUAACAUCUCAUUUGCCUGUAGGAGUCAGAAAAGUAACUAUGUCCUUUAGUUCAAAAAUGGUUAAAACAUGUCGUGAUUUGGUUCCUAAAGAUGAACCAAUAGUCCUUAUAAUUGGAGCAAUGGCACAUGGUAAGGUGGAAGUUGACUAUUCUGAAGAUGUUAUUUCAAUAAGCAACUACCCAUUGUCAGCAGCAUUAACUUGUGCAAAGCUGUGUACGGCAUUUGAAGAAGUUUGGGGUGUUGUAUGA